CGAAUUUGAUUCGGGUGAAGUGACAACUACAUUUUUCAAAAUUUGUAUUUCACAAAAUUAUUCGAAGUGCGAUAUACAUAAAUACAUUUUUCUUCUAUAAUCAUGUCCAAAUUAACAGAAAUUUUUAACAGUACAACCGUUAAAGGACGAGCCAACGUGGCCAAAGCAACAUAUGCUUCGUUUGCCCUGCUCUAUGUUGUUCAUCGUUUGAGAAACCGUGGACGUAAGGCAAAUGCAGCAAAAGUUGACAAUGGAGAAGGUGGGCAUCAGAACCAUAAAUACAAAGGUGAAAGUAAUCACACUAACUGCCAUAAUCACAGGAAAGAACCUGAUAUUGAUUCCUGUUCUUGUGGUUGUUCUCGGAAGAAGGCCGAUUAUCAUGACCAUCAGGACCAUAAUGUUAGCAAUGGAUCACACAAAACUGGCCACCAUAAUAAUUCCCAGGGGAAUGAUCAUUCGUCUUCAAAAGGACAUGUUCUUGAUCAUGAUGAUCGGUCGGUGCUUGCCGUUGAUGCUGUUAUACAUUCUUCAAGCAAAACCUGCAAGACUUCGAGCAUUGGUGAAGAUACAUCUUUAAAAGAUAUAGAUGAAAAGCACGUUACAACUGGCCGAAAAGAAUUUAAUGUUUAAUAUCUUUAGACGUCAGACAUUUUAUUCGAACAACCCAUGAAUUCUUGAAACUAGGAUGGAUUCUGAUUAAAUAAAAAAAAUGUUUAAAGUUAUAAAAUAUUUUUAAAUAAGGAGA